ACCAUAUACCGCAAGAUAAUACCAACAAAAUAAACAAACAUAGUGAUAUAAAAAUGUGCAUAUCAUUAUUAUUAUUAUUAAAAUACGUUUCCUCYUUCCUAAAUCCCAUUUCCUAAGUAAUAACUAAUAAACUCAUAUAGUCAUAUCACAAUCCACAAUCGGUGUUUUGUAUUUGAUGAUACUAAAACAUUUUCUAUUAUAUUUCCAAAUAAUUCAUUAAUUUUACAUAAUAUACRUAAGUUUACCAUUUUUUUCGUUAACUGUGUUUAUCUAGUAAUUGUUUAUUAAAUCGUUUUAUUUUCCUCUUUAAAAUCGACUACCUGCGUAUUACACUCAAGGGAUUUUUGUAAGACGUUCUCCUUUGUUUCAGACCACCGAUAAGAAGGUUCACACGUGUAAAUUACAUUCGGCUUCAUCGUCGGUUGUACCAUACCGUGUUGUCUGUGGUAUCUUAGCUGGAAACAUGAUAAGUGAAGAACCAGAGAUUUCCUUGGUUAACGUAAAGUUACGUUUGGGUACUAUGACUAUGUACACCGAAAAAGUAUACAUAGAUUUUCAAUCGCCUGUCAGCGCAUUGAGAAAAAAAAUUCGUGAAAAGGAUAAUAAUCUGGACAAAGUUGAUUUUGUAAUGGUUUAUUCUGGAAAUAUCAUGGAAGACCGUGCUCCUAUUUAUAUGUAUGAGCUUGUCAAUGGAGCUACUGUGCAUUUGUUCAAACGAAUAAAAAUCGAUAUAAUAGAAAAUCCAAACACUGUUGAACACACUAAUGCAGGAAUGGUUAAACUGGGUAUAGCUCUUCGUUCGCUCUCGUUGAAUUCUUCAUACAAAUGUGCAUUGAUGAAAAUUAGUAAAACCAAAAUGAUAAGUGAUCUAAUCACAUCUAUUCCUGAACUGAGUAGCGAUCCUGUAGCAAUUACUCUUUUACAACAUCCUGAACUUUUAGUUAAACUCAAUGAUGUUGAUUUGGUAAAUAACAUUGCGGUUAAUCAUAGUGCUUUGGCAUUAGCUGCAAUUCAAAUUUCUGCAGUUGUUCAUGAUCAACUUGUGCAGAACCACUUGGCAUCAGAUGUAUUGGCCAGAUCUAUGUCUGCUGGCAGUGAUGAUGAAAUGGAAGAUUUAGAUGAUUCAACUCUUGGAUCACUCAGUAACAAUCAAUCAUUGAAUAGAAACUUACCUUAUGCCAUCACUGCCGCACAGUUGGCCACAGCUAUAGCAAAUGUAUCGACUCAACAAUCACUGCCAAGUACUAGUGGUGCAAGUACAUCAACUGCAAAUGCAGGAAAUGUGCCUGUGAUUCCUAAUACCACUCAAAGCCAACCAACUACACCAGCAGUUGAUUAUAGCUAUCAAUUAGGAUUAAUGAGAGAAAUGGGUCUGUACAAUGAACCUUUAAACCUUCAAGUAUUGCGAAACACAGGUGGUAGGUUAGAAGUUGCCAUUGAAGUAGUAUUAAGUGGUUUUGAUUUUUUAGAUUCAGAUUCAGAUUCACAACCUCUAUUUUAAUAUCAUUUAAAACAAUAAUUGAAUAAUAUAUAUAAUAUGUUAUAGUAAUGAUUUUAAAAAUA